CAAACAAAUACCAUUUCCUCCUGUCUUUUAGGAGUUCUUCUCUGGCUUUUAACACAUCAUUUGAACUUUAAGAUCAACAUCAUUUCUAUGAAAAGCUUGACCUAAAUUUUUCUCAUGGAUUUAGUGCUGUUGCUUGGAUACUCCUGACAGGUGUUGGUAUCUGUUGCCAAAUACUGAGAGAGAAGCCGGCUCCAACUGAUCACCAUAAAAGCUUUCCCAGCCCUCACUUGGCCUCCCAGAAGAAGCAGAGCGACCUGAUCAGCAUGCUGAAGAGCACAGAAGCUGUCGCCUGAGCAAAGGGAGGCGGUCUGAUACAGUGACUGCCAAAAGCCACAGUGACCUGCGCACAGGGAAGGACCUGGUGUGUGCCUGGAUCCCGGAGUCACAGCCCUGUUGCAGCUUGGAAGGCUCCCUGUCACCGGAGAGGCCCCCAGGGAAUGACAGCAUGUCGGCGCUCUGGCUGUGGUCUGGCCUGCUGCUCCUGCUGGCUUUUCUCUGCCCUCCCAGUUCAUCGUGCGGCCUUUCGACACACAUAGAGAUAGGACACAGAGCUCUGGAGUUUCUUCAGCUCCCACGUGGGCAUGUUAACUACGAAGAGCUGUUAAAAGAACACCAAGAUGCAUAUCAGGCUGGAUCUGUGUUUCCUGAUGCUUUUUACCCCAGCUUCUGCAAAUCAGGAAAAUUCCACGAUGUGUCUGAGAGCACACACUGGACACCGUUCCUCAAUGCAAGCAUCCAUUACAUCCGGGAGAACUUUCCUCUUCCCUGGGAGAAAAACACCGAGAAGCUGGUGGCCUUCUUGUUUGGAAUUACCUCUCACAUGGUGGCAGAUGUGAGCUGGCACAGCCUGGACAUCGAGCAGGGCUUCCUCAGGACCAUGGCAGCCAUUGAUUUUCAUGGCUCCUAUCCUGACGCCCAUUCAGCUGGUGAUUUUGGAGGAGACGUGGUGAGCCAGUUUGAAUUUAAUUUGAACUACCUUGCUCGGCGCUGGUAUGUACCUGUCAAAGAUCUUGUGGGGAUAUACGAGAAACUCUAUGGCCAGAAAGUCAUUACUGAAAAUGUCAUUGUUGACUGUUCCUACCUUCAGUUCUUGGAAAUGUAUGGAGAGAUGUUAGCUGUUUCCAAGCUGUAUUCCACCUACUCCACAAAGUCCCCGUUUUUGGUGGAACAUUUCCAAGAGUAUUUCCUUGGAGGACUGGAUGAUAUGGCGUUCUGGUCCACCAAUAUCUACCGCCUGACGAGCUUCAUGCUAGAGAAUGGUACCAGCAACUGUGACCUCCCCAAGAACCCCCUGUUCAUCGCGUGUGGCGGCCAGCGAAACAACAGCCAGAGCUCAAAAGUGCAGAAAAAUGGUUUCUAUAGGAAUUUGACUGCAUCUGUAAUCAAGCACACUGGAAAAAAUAUAAACUAUACAGAAAGAGGCGUGUUCUAUCACGUGGAUUCCUGGACUCCGGAUUCCGUAACCUUCGUGUACCAGAAUUUGGAAAGGAACCUACGGACCAUGCUUAUGGGCAGCUCCGAGAACUCCCUGAAGCAUAUCUCCAGGCCCUCCGGAUCAUACUACGUGUCCCUGCCCUAUGCCAGGCUUGGUUGGGCCAUGGCUUCAGCGGACCUCAACCAGGAUGGGCACGGUGACCUUGUGGUGGGGGCACCGGGCUACAGUCGCCCCGGGCACUUCCAGGUUGGGCGCGUGUACCUGAUCUACGGCAGCGACCAGGGCCUGCCACCCAUCGACCUGGACCUGGACAAGGAGGCGCAUAGGGUCCUGGAGGGCACCCAGCCCUCAGGUCGCUUUGGCUCGGCUGUGGCUGUGCUGGACUUUAACAAGGACGGGGCUCCUGAUCUGGCCGUGGGAGCACCCUCUGUGGGCUCCGAGCAGCUCACGUACAAAGGCGCGGUGUACAUCUACUUUGGUUCCAAAGGAGGAAGACUAUCUUCUUUCCCUGACAUCACCGUCUCCUGCCAGGAUGUGUACUGUAACUUAGGCUGGACACUCCUGGCUGCAGAUGUGAGUGGAGACAGCGAACCGGACCUGCUGAUUGGCUCUCCUUUUGCACCGGGUGGAGGGAAGCAAAAAGGCAUGGUGGCUGCAUUUUAUUCUGGCUCCCACCGGAGUAACAAAGGAGAGCUGAGCGUAGAGGUGGCUGACUGGCUGGUAAGAGGCAAGGAGGACUUCGCCUGGUUUGGCUAUUCCAUGCACGGCGUCACGGUGAAUGGCAGCACCUUGCUGCUGGUGGGAAGCCCGACCUGGCAGAAUGUCAGCAGGCUGGGCCACUCGCUUCACAGGCACAAGGACACCCAGAGCCUUGGCAAGGUGUACGGCUACUUCCCACCCAGCUCCCAAAGUGGGUUUGUCAUUUCUGGGGACAAGGCAAUGGGGAAACUGGGCUCUUCCCUGUCAAGUGGCCACGUCAUGAUGAAUGGGACCUUGACACAAGUGCUGCUGGUUGGGGCCCCAACUCGAGAUGACAGGUCCAAGAUGGCUUUCCUGACCAUGACCCUGCACCAAGGAGGGAACACACGGGUAUACCAGCUGCUGCCGGAUGUGCCACCUGCCCUGCUCAGCACCUUCAGCGGGGACCGCCGCUUCUCCCGCUUUGGCGGAGUCCUGCACCUCAGCGACCUGGACAAUGAUGGCGUGGACGAAAUUAUAACGGCAGCUCCACUGAGGAUCACAGAUGUAACCUCUGGUCUGCUCGGGGGAGAAGAUGGGCGAGUUUACAUAUACAACGGCCAACACAUCUCCCUUGGUGACAUGACAGGCAAAUGCAAAUCAUGGAUAACUCCAUGUCCAGAAGAAAAGGCCCAAUAUGUACUAAUCUCUCCUGAAGCAAGCUCAAGGUUUGGGAGUUCCCUGAUCUCUGUGAGGUCAAAGGAGAAGAACCAAGUUGUCGUUGCUGCUGGAAGGAGUUCUUUGGGAGCCCGGCUCUCUGGGGCGCUGCACGUCUAUAGCCUCAGCUAAGAAGGUCAUUCUACUUCCUCCCCUGGCCCUGGGUCCCCUGCUAAGUUGUCGCCAGGGUGAGCAUUCUGGUGGAGAAGAUGGCGCAUCCAGGGGAGCCGUGGUGGGGCUCCUGAAGUAGACUCGCAAUUUCCUAGAAAUAAACUGACUCCAUCAGGAGUUUGAAAUAGCA